AUGGAUAUAAUGUCGUCUCCGGACCCUUUGAACGCAUCCAUGGAGAACUCGGUACCACCUUCAACUCGCCGAGUAACUCGAAGCCAAUCCUCCCAUGGGUUUCUAUCUAUGGGCACCUCUCCUCGAAAGCAGAAGUUCACUCUGGAUGUCGGGAACGAGCUCUCCCCACAAAAGAUCCUCGUCACGGUAGAAACAGACGACAGUAACCCAGCAAAUGUCAACCGGCGUCUCUUUCAGUCACCAACCCCGCAGAGGGCCAUUCGGCGGAGGCAACAGGCUACAACCACCACCAUUCCCCUGAAGGGACUUACAGAUGACGAGGGCAGUGUAGCCAGUGGCAGAUCAACUCCAAAGAGACGGCCGAGACUGCCAAAAACCGGCACUCCUGCCACCACAACCAGGAGGAAGAGGGCACCGACCCCCACUCGAACUACCCCCAGGCGGCCUCGAAGGACAAAAGCUCAAAUGGAGGAGGCCUUGACUUCGGAUUUAAACGUCGAGGACAGCCAGGCUACUCCGAAGGCGAGUGCGAGGACGCGGAAGACGACAAAGCGAAAAACCGCGACGCCCGCGAAAGGAGAUGCUGACCAUGUAGAGCUGCCUAAGAAGCGGGGUCGACGACGGAGGUCGAUGACCGCCGAUGAGAUCCAGGUUCUGGCAGCGGACGCAAUUCCCGAGGAAGCCGCGGAGGACGAUAAUGCGUCCGUCGCUCACACGGAAGAGAGCAUCUCGGUAGCCGGCAAUAGUAUCUCGGUGGCUGACAACUUACCGCCGGCACACUUUGACGACGGCGCUGUCCCGGAUGACAUCUGGAUGGCCACCUUAUCAGAUGCUCCUGUUCCAGUGGGUCGCCGACGAUCGCCUCGCAAACAUUCAAGCCAGCUUAUCGACUCCCCUGGACAGCGAGAAGCAGAACAUGCCCAAUCUGAUUAUGGUCGAUCAGAAGUCGAUGAAGCCUUCAGCCAAACCAGCGUGGACUUCGUACCCGCUGGCGCUGGUAGUGAAGCUGAGUCUGCAGCCGAGGAACCGCAGGGUCACGGAGAUAAGGAUACGGUCAUGUUAGGGGAGGAGUUCACCAUGAUAUCAAUCGGCUCUUUGCCAUCCAUGCAGCCCAACUCGAGCAUGGUUGCCACUGAACCCCAGGAGAUGGGCGACGAGACAAGCUUCAUCAUCAACCGAACACUGGAAUCCGUGCGGCGGAGCCUUAAUGAGCGCGAGAACGAUGCCGCAGAGGAUGCGGAAGAUGGCCCGGCAGCAUCUGCCGCAGCGCCGGCUACCAUGAAGAGCUUCCUGGAGGCCGGAAGCAGUUCAAUGUUCGCGCCACCUAAGCCGCCCCGGGCGUUGUCCAGGAGUCCAAGAAGGUCAAAAUUCCAGCCACUCGGGCGGCAGGUAGCGCUCAAGUCUUUGCAACGAGAAGAUGGCCUCGAAUCGCCCCGAAAUGCAAGAAUCGAAACGCAACAUUCAAGAAGAGCAGUGGAAGACACAAGUGCAUACGACGACUCUUUCUCAGAAAUACCGGAAGAUGUGCUUGAAGCUGCAACACCAAGGCCUACCAGGCGGGUAGCGGUGGAGGGCAUGAACGGCACAGAGGACGUCCUUCAGCCUUCAGUUGAGCGGCCAUCUAUGGUGACGCAUUCCGACCCCCAAUCCGAGUCGACUAAACUAUUGACUCCCGAUGAGACUCCAUCUCCAGUUGAGUCCGAGGGCGAGAAAGACAAGGGUUAUCAGGUCUCCUCGAAGUCCCUCGCACAUUCCGAAAUGCGCUCUUCGCCACCUGUGUUCGCCUUCUCGCGUCGGGGCAGCUCCGAGUCGAUGUCUCGACAUUCAAGACAUAACUCGUCCGAAACCCCUGCGGUGCAAUCCCUAUCCACGCGUCUACCACCUCGGAUGGGGCAGAUUGAUGUGCAAACAAAGAGCCUCGUCCCAACUGAGAGCACACCCCGACCAACUCUCUCUCCUAUUGUCCGAGCGGGUCGGGCACUGCAGCUUGUCACGUCGGACCCUCCAUCACCUCCUAACCGCAAUAGCGUCUUGGGGAGCCCUUUCAGGGGUUCCGUCAGCAAGUCGAGUCAGUCUCCGGUCGCUGCGCCUGCGGCAACCCAGUCGGCUCCGUCCCCUGCCCCUGCCCCUGCCCCUACGCAACAGCCCUCAUCUGCACAACCGUCGAAUACACCUUGGUCGAAGGCUCUAGCCCCAUUUAGCCAAAUCAAGAACCUAGUUUCCCAAGGAGCUCAGAUGUUUUCGCCCCGAGGCGCACCUGCGCCGGCGAUGGAGGACCCCUUUGGUCCGGAUGCGGCAAAUUCUGCCGGACUGGACGUCUUCCAUCCUUCAGGCUUCAGUCUCGGUAGUGGUGUGCAUCGCGGAACAGAUCGUGCUGUCAGCAUGACAAGCUCUACUAGAGCUGAUCCGCCCAGUGAGGCUGAGAUGAAUUGGCAAGCGAAUGACAGCCCCGCUAGAUCUCACGGCGGUGAAAUAUCCGGAACGAUUAGCUCAACUGUUCGCGGACGCAGAGGAUCCAGCGAACCUGCCGCCAUAGACAUGGAUAUGGACAUGGACAUGGACAUGGACAUGGAUAUGGGAGGGGACCUUGGGAGCGAGAGAGACUACGAUGACGAUGAAGCGCAGCAGGCCGAGGACGAUGAAGACAUCUGGGCUGUCGAGGCCCAGCGUCCAACCCCUGGGCGGCCCAAAUCUGCAGUCGCGCAGGCGCCAGUCCUCAACCCCCCUCGAAGAAGCAAGCUCCCAAGCCCCUGGAGACAGAACAGCAAGCGACUGGUAUACAGCGAUGAGUUGCACAAGGGCCUGGAGGACAAUGGCAAUGGCGACGCCCAGAAUAUCGAGGUUGAGGAAUUCAGCAUGCUGUCACAACCAGGUCAGCGCGAGGCAGCAGCUCAGCCUAAGAAGAAUGAGCCAACUGCCGCAGCAGCCAGGAAGGUUGAUCUCUCGACGUUCUUCUCAUCCCCUGCUCUCAUACCCGACGUUCAGCCCCCUGGAGUCAACCUAUUCAGGUUUGCCGAAACUCGCGGUAAUACAAGAACUCAACCCCAGGCACAAGCCACGCAGUUCCCUCCUCCGCCCACGGCCAACUCCCCUUUCGCCAGCCAAUCUAAAACGGCACGGCCUCAGCCACAGGGAGUUGGCCCUCUCGCCUCGGUCCCGCAAAAAGGUCUACGUGUUGGGAAUCAGCCGCGGGUUGAUCUCUUUUCUCCCGUCAGGCGCUUUCCUAGCAGGGACGAGGUGGCUGUUGAGCAUUCAUCGUCACCUGUCACCCCGGAGCGACCCCUAUUCGGUCACGUUCCGCAAAAGAGGAACUUUACCCCACGUCUUCGCCAGCCGACAAACUCGCUGUUCAACCCAGUCUCGAACACGAAGCCCUUAGGCUCGUUCAGUAACCCUCCCGAACUCUUCAUCGAAUCAGACGCCGACGAGGGAGAUGAGACUUUCGAAGAAUCCAGCUUCCUAGAGCCCCAGCUGAACCCCCUCCCCGACAAAACCGUGUCGCCCACCAAGUCCUGCAUUCGCUCCCCGCUCAAGCCCAAGACCCCAGGCCGAGUCGUCGAGUUCGCCAGCAGCACCCUAUCCCCCCUGGCCCAGGCCCAGGCCCGUGCCGAGCGCCGGAGCAGUACCUCCCCGGAGAAGCGCGCACAGAGACCCGUCGCCAUGGCGGAGCCCGCCGACGCGGACAAGGAAAACCAACCGGAGGACGACAGCACAGCAGCUCCCAGGAGCAGCACGACCUCCUCCCCGGCCGGCGGCGGCCUCUUCCAGGCAACAACCGCCCCCGCGGCGGCGGCGCCCCUCAAGCGCCCGGCGCGCCUGUCGCAGACCCAGUGGACGCGCGACCACUGGCUGCGGCUGGACGAGCUCCUCCGGCAGCGGCGGACGACGGGGGCGCUGCAGUUCCAGCUCCGGCACGCGCCGUCGCCGCGGCGGUUGCGGUUGUCGUCGUCGUCGGCGGCGUCGGGCAAGAAGGGCGGGGCGCCGCCGCCGCCGCUACUGCUGGGCAAGACGGUCGCCGCGCAGGGCGAGACGAUGGCGCUGGAGCAGUGGCACCUGGACGUGGUGGACGCGUUCAGGUCCGAGGUCGGCGGGUGGGAGGAGGCGGUGCUGGCUAAGAGGCUGUUCGCGCUCAUGGUGGGCGAGGAGAGGAGGCGGCGGGGGAAGGUGCCUGCUCGGAGGGGGGUGAGCUGAGGUGAGGUGGUAAUGUUGUGGUUUAUUAUACAACGUAUAAUGUGUGCGACUUGAAAUUAUGUUGUAAAAUGAUUGCGUGGCGUUCCCGUUGGAGGUUAUCGCCUGGCGUUUGGGAGGGGACUUGUCAUUGUCGGUUUUACUUGAACAGUAGCAA